AGCAGAACGGCAUGUCAGAGGAGCUUGAGGUGCUGCUGAAGGUGUGAGGAGCAGAUCCCAACAUGGACCGAUGGAUCUAUUUAUUCAUUUUGUUCACCCUCUGCGAUAUUUGCACGGCACAGUCAGCAACCGGUAUUGAAACUCAACCAGAGUGUAUAUGUCCUACGCCCUCAUCCAUACCAAUUACCACAGCUCUGACUAGUACAAGUCAACCUACAAGCACCACAACUAGUGUCACCACAACUACUUCAUCAGCUGCUCCCUCAUCCACAACAACUACUGCAGCUCUAACUGCUACAUCUCAACCUACAAGCACCACUGCUACCAUCCCAACAACUGUAAGCACAACAUCAUCUACUGCUCCCUCGUCCACAACUAUUACAGCUUUAACUACUACAACUCAAUCUACAAGCACCAUAACUACCAUCCCGACAACUAUAAGCACAACAUUAACUACUACUUCCUCAUCCACAACUACUGCUACUCAACCUACAAGCACCACAACUAGUGUCACCACACCUACAACCUCAUCUGCUGCUCCCUCAUCCACAACAACUACUGCAGCUUUAACUACUACAUCUCAACCUACAAGCACAACUACAACCAUCCCAACAACUGUAGGCACAAUGACAUCCACUGCUCCCUCAUCCACAACAACUACUGCAGCUCUAACUACUACAGCUCAACCUACAAACACCCCUACUACCAUCCCGACAACUGUAAGCACAUCAUCCACUGCUACUCAACCUACAAGCACCACAACUAGUGUCACCACACCUACAACUUCAUCUGCUGCUCCCUCAUCUACAACAACUACUGCAGCUUUAACUACUACAACUCAACCUACAAGCAUCACAACUACCAUUCCGACAACUGUAAACACACCAUCAUCUACUGCAUCCUCAUUCACAACUACUGCAACUCAACCUACAAGCACCACAACUAGUAUCACCACAAACUACUUCAUCUUCUGUUCCUUCAUCCACAACUACUGCAGUUCUAACUACAACAACUCAACCUAUAAGCACCACUACUACCAUCCCAACAACUACAAGCACAAUAUCAUCUACUGCUUCCUCAUCCACAACAAAUACUACAGCUUUACCUACUACAACUCAACCUACAAGCACCACAACUACACCACUACUUCCAUCCCAACAACUGUAAGCACACCAUCAUCUACCGUAUCCUUAUCCACAACAAUUACUGCAACCCAACCUACAAGCACCACGACUAGUGUUACCACACUUACUUCAUCUGCUGCUCCCUUAUCCACAUCAACUACUGCAGCUCUAACUACUACAACUCAGCCUACAAGCACAACAACCAUCCCAACAACUGUUAGUACAUCAUCUACUGCUCCUGCAUCCACAACUACUACAUCUGUAACUACUACAACUCAACUUACAAGCACCACAACUAGUGUUACCACACUAACUUCAUCUGCUGCUGCCUUGUCCACAACAACUACUGAAGCUCUAACUACUACAACUCAACCUACAAGCACAGCUACAACAAUCCCAACAACUGUAGGCACAACGUCAUCCACUGCUUCCUCAUCCACAACUACUACAGCUUUAACUACUACAACUCAACCUACAAGCACUACUCCUACCAUCCCGACAACUGUAAGCACAACAUCGUCUACUGCUUCCUCAGCCACAACAGCUACAGCUUUAUCUACUACAACUCAACCUACAAGCACCACAACUAGUGUCACCACAACUACUUCAUCUGCUGCUCCCUCAUCCACAACUACUGCAGUUCAAACUACAACAACUGGAACUACAAGCACCACUACUUCCAUCCCAACAACUGUAAGCACAACAUCAGCUACUGCUUCCUCAUCCGCAACAACUACUACUGCUUCAAUGACUACAUCUCAACCUACAAGCACCACAACUAGUGUCACCUCAGCUACUUCAUCUGCUGCUCUAUUAUCCACAACAACUACUGCAGCUCUAACUGCUACAACUCAACCUUCAAGCACCACUGCUACCAUCCAGACAACUGUAAUCACAACAUCAUCUACUGCUUCCUCAUCCACAACUACUACAGCUUUAUCUACUAUUACUCAACCUAUAAGCACCACAACUAGUGUCACCUCAACUACUUUAUCUGCUGCUUCUACAUCCACAACAACUACUGCAGCUCUCACUACAACAACUCAAACUUUAAGCACCACUACUACCAUCCCAACAACUGCAAGCACAACAUUAUCUACUGCUCCCUCAUCCAUAACAACUACGACAGCUUUAACUACUACAACUCAACCUACAAGCACCACAUCUAGUGUCACCACACCUGCUUCAUCUGCUACUCCCUCAUCCACAACAACUACUACAUAUUUAAGUACUACAACUCAACCUACAAGCACCACUACUACCAUCCUGACAACUGGAAGCACAACAUCAUCUACUGCUCCCUCAUCCAUAACAACUACGACAGCUUUAACUACUACAACUCAACCUACAAGCACCACAUCUAGUGUCACCACACCUACUUCAUCUGCUACUCCCUCAUCCACAACAACUACUACAUAUUUAAGUACUACAACUCAACCUACAAGCACCACUACUACCAUCCUGACAACUGGAAGCACAACAUCAUCUACUGCUCCCUCAUCCACAACAACUGCUACAGCUGUAACUACUACAACUCAACCUUCAAGCACCACAACUAGUGUCUCCACAACUACUUCAUCUACUGCUCUUUCAUCCACAACAACUACUACAGCUUUAACUACUACACCUCAACCUACAAGCACCACAACUAGUGUCACCAAACCUACUUCAUCUGCUGCAUCCUCUUCCACAACUACCACAAUAUUGACUAAUACAAGCACCACUACUAUUGUCCCCUCAACUGCUAGCACAACAACAUCUACUACUUUAUCAUCCAUAACAACUUCACAGCCAACAACCAACAGUUCAACGCCAGUGUGCAUAUGCACUCCUUUUGCCACACUAACAACAAUAAUUUCAGCAUGUGCACAAUCAGCUGUUUCUAUUCAGCUGGUCCGGGUGUCUAGUGAUCAAAUCCAGCUCAUGCCUAUUGGUCAAAAUGGACCAACUGGAGCUCAGUUCAGUGUGACGCUGUCAAAGAACAAUAUAGUUGUAGAAACGAAAACAACUUCUGGUUCAACAGUCACAUUUUCUAAUCUAUCUCCUGCUAGUCGGUAUGACAUUUUCAUAAAACAACUGUCUUGCCUGAACAGACCAGAUACUACCAGCAGUGUUACAACAGAUGGAAAAUUAUUUGCUGCAGUAGUCCGGAUACUAAGCACUCCAUUUACUGCUGACCUCGGUGAUAAAAACAGUGCAGCUUUCAAAAACUUUGCAGAUACCUUUACGGCAGAUAUAAAGAAAAACUUGCCGUCGGACGCCAAGGCCUUAGUUAACUCUGGGAGAAUGAUCAUUAGCGUAACUGGUAUUAGAAACGGGAGUAUCAUUGUCGACUUUACCAUAGCCACAAAUACGGCUGAUAAUCAGACAGAGAGCAGCAUGUCUCAGUCAUUCACCAGCGCUCUCAGCAACAGCUCCACUUUUACUGUUGACCCAUCGUCUUACAAGUUUGCAGUCCAAAAUGCGUGUGAUGCUUCAGUAAAUCCAUGUCCUGCAAAUGCCAUCUGCACUUCCCUCAACGGAACAGCCACCUGCCAGUGUAGGUCUGGUUUUAAUGACACAAGUCCAAGUGUUCCUGGAAGAACAUGUGUAGAUUUAAAUGAGUGUUUAGCCAGUUCCAGCCCGUGCCAACCUAUAGCCUCCUGCAACAACACCAUAGGAAGUUAUCAGUGCCAGUGUUUGCCUGGGAUACUAGUUUCAAACUCUUCUAACCCUGGCCAACAAUGUAUCGACCCAACCUCAUGCUUUAACAGCACCACACUGUGCUCCAGCACCUGCCUUGAUAACAGAGACACCGUAUGUGCAAAUAAUAAAGUCAUUCCUUUCAUGAUAAAGUUCAACGACUGGACCUUCACUCCAGACCUGUACGACAGAACCAGCGCCGCCUACGCCAGCAAAGCAGCUCAGUUCACAGGGAGUGUGGUAAGUGCAAUGAGAGUGACGCUAAGUGACAGCACCUUCAAUAUCACCGUGGUUGGCUUCAGACCUGGAAGUGUCAUCGCCUCCUUUAUAGGCACAACUAUGUCGUCCACUCUUGACACAAGCACCAUCCAGACCGCUCUCAUUAACGCAGUGUCGCUCUUGAUAUCCAAUAACAUUACAAACCUGAUAAAUGUUGCUGUAACGACCUCUGCAAGCAGUCCAGACAUAUUCUACGGCUGGAGAACAGCCACCAUUGUCUUGGGUGUUUUUCUGGGAGUCGCUUUGCUCUUGGUAUUGGUCUUUGCUGCAAUGUGUUAUCGUAUCGGGGGCAGAUUAGGCCGAUACAAACUCACUGCAUAGUGAGAGUCAAGACGGUCAGAAACAACACCUAUCGUUAAAUUAGAAAGGAAUCUCUUUGUGCCUCCUGCCUUAAAGGAAAACUGAACCCUUAAAAUGAAUAUGGCUAAAAAUGUUAUAUUUCAUAUAGUGAACUUAUCGCA